CUCCACCCCCCGGCUGCCCGGCUGCCCGGCGCUUCCGGGUCGGCUCCAGGGUGGGCUGCGCGCCGAGAGCCGCGAUGGGGUCUCCGGGUUCCCGCGCGCCGCUGGACCAGCUUUCCCGAAGGAUGGGGCAGAAAAAGCAGCGACUGUUGACGGCAAAGCGGCAUCAGGCCCCACCCGAUGGGGCCCAAAUAUCUUCCUCCAUGGAGCCCCGAAUGGCGCCGCCCACGACCCCAGGCCCCCAGCGCAGCAUCUAUUUCUCAAGCCUAAAGGGCCACCCUGCUCGCCUGGGAUCCGAGUUUUUUGACCAGCCCGCAGUCCCCCUGGCCCGGGCAUUUCUGGGACAGGUCUUGGUGCGACGCUUGGGGGACGGCACCGAGCUCCGUGGGCGCAUCGUGGAGACGGAGGCGUACCUGGGGCCGGAGGACCAGGCCGCCCACUCGAGGGGGGGCCGGCGGACGCCUCGCAACCGCGGCAUGUUCAUGAGGCCGGGCACCCUGUACGUGUACCUCAUCUAUGGCAUGUACUUCUGCAUGAACGUCUCCAGCCGAGGCGACGGGGCGUGUGUCUUACUGCGAGCGCUGGAGCCCCUGGGGGGCCUGGAGGCCAUGCGGCAGCUACGCCACACUGUUCGCAAAGGCGCUGCCAGCCGAGCCCUCAAAGACCGGGAGCUCUGCAGUGGCCCCUCCAAGCUGUGCCAGGCCCUGGCCAUUGACAAGAGCUUCGACCAGCGGGACCUGGCCACGGAUGAGGCUGUGUGGCUGGAGCGGGGCCCCUCAGGGUCUGGUGAGCCAGCUGUGGUGGCAGCAGCCCGCGUGGGCAUAGGCCACACAGGAGAGUGGGCCCAGAAGCCCCUGCGCUUCUACAUCCAGGGCAGCCCCUGGGUCAGCGUGGUGGACAGAGCGGCGGAGCGGGAUGCGCAGGCUGGGCACAGACCUGCUUAUGAGGACUUUUAAUUGUUCAGAAACGAAAUAAAUGCUGUGCUUCUAGAAAA